UUGGGCGCGAAAGAGAGAGAGAGAGGUCGAGAGAGAUCGCCACCAACUCCCGUCCUGAACUACUCUUUGCCGCCUGCACUGCAACUGCAACUGCACCUGCAACCGCAUCUCUCCCUUGAAGCACUCGAAUUCACCCUCCGCCCUCCAUUUGAAUCUCCUCCGGCAGCACGACAUUCGUUCGACCCAUAAGCCAUUCAACCGAAAGAAGCUAUCCUGGCAACACCAAGUUGCUGAAUUCCUUCGUCGUGGCAACAAGAUCCAACCUCUCGUCUCUCUCUCCCUCUCUCUCUGGGCUCAGCUGUUGGCUCCGGAAUCACCAUCCCAUGGCAACUGCUGAGAAUGCUGACGAACCCAUCUCCACCGGUUCUCCAAAGUUGGCGGGAACAGUCAACUGGGGUACAGCAACUGUUGUUGGAGUGUUUGCUGGCAUGUUAUAUGGAGGUAGCAAGGAGGCAGCUGCUUCUGUUAGCAAGGAUGCUGAAGUGAUGUUGAAACUUGGGAGCACACCCGACAAGCGUGAGCAGUAUCGACUAAUGAGGGAUGCAAUGGAGAAAAGGUUUAUUCGAGUUACACGUGGCUCCAUCAUUGGUGGAGUGCGCCUCGGGGUGUUUACUGCUGCAUUUUAUGGGCUGCAAAAUCUGCUAGCUGAGAAACGAGGAGUUCAGGAUGUUUUUAACAUAGCUGGAGCUGGUUCGGCCACUGCCGCAACCUUUGGUUUGAUCUUACCAGGAUCACUAAAGUGGCGUGCAAGGAAUGUCGCUCUUGGUGCAACUCUUGGAGCUGCAGUUUGCCUUCCUCUUGGUUGGCUCCAUUUGAAGCUAGUGGAGAAAGCAAAUGAAGGGAGUCUGGCUGCUUCCCGUGAUAUGUAUCAAAGGGGAGAAGCAAGGAGUGGUGUCGGCGCUGCAAUUGAGAGGCUUGAAGAGAACUUGAGCAAAUAAACUAACCACAGCUCCUGAGUUUGUCAAUAGCCUCUUUCCAAGCCUUGUUGUUUGUGGUCACCCGUUCAGAAGAUGGCCAAGCCCAAAAACAGGGAAGUGAAUAAUAAAGAGGGAGAGGUAGCUAGACAGAAAAGGAAUUAAUGCUUGUUUUCAGGUUGUGCAGAAAGAUCCCUUUAAGGUACAAUAGUCGUUUUCUGAGCUCUGUUUGUUUCUCCAUAUAUCAUUAUCCAAUUUUGUGUGUUCGUGUCCGAUCUGUCUCUAACCAUGUGUGGGAGGACGAACAUACCCUGUUUCGGAACUUAUUCAUAUUUUCGAAAA